GUGCGCCCUCAUGCUCUUUACGUCAUCAAGCUGCGACGACUAUUAACUUAACCAAAACAGUCAAACUGCAUCGUUAGACUUGGACGACUUUUAGGUGCGUUGUGGUUUUCAAUGAUUUUCGGUGUCAUUUAAAUGUCCGUCUCUUUGUCUCUCCUUCUCCCCUCCUGUCUAUCUCUGUCUUUGUACUCUUAUCAGCUUUCUGUUGAGCUGACCGCAGUGUUUGAAUAGGAGGGAACUGUAUUAUCAUUCAGAUUUUACUGCCGGAGGGGAAGUUACUGUGGUCACACCACCUGUGCCCCUGUCUUUAUUUUUGUCCUUCUCAAUUUGCCUUAAAUCUGUUCUGCUACCUUGUUAUUUUAGGCUCUUGGCUCAGUCUCUGUUCUGAACUGUUUAGCUGAAUAGUUUUGUUUUGGUUAAAUGAUCCCAAACAGCAAUAUGUACAUUGAAGACAGUAUUAAAAACAUCAAGUGUGUUUGUUGACCUCAUUGUACACCUCGUCUAUACACGGUUGAUGUUGAGUAGUCUUUUAACAGUUCAGUACAACCACACCACCCAACUUAAAGUCUUGUCGACAGUUACAUCAUUGAUUAAAAACGGUAAAAAAAGGAAAAAGAAUAUAAUAAUGAUGAUAAUAAUAAUAAUAAUAAUGAUAAUAAUGAGAAGAAAAAAAGUGCAGUGCACAGUAAAAAUGGUUUGCUCAACAGAUCCUGUUGGGAACAUGGUGUUUAUUGCAGACGCCGGCGCAUUUUACAUUCACACUGACUUAAAACAAUAUGUUCAGGGGAUAAAAAUGUGAUGCCAAAAUGAUCACUGCAACUUAAUUACUUUUUUUCCCACUAUUCCAACACUGAGAUGUGUCUGGCAUUGGUUUUAUCUAAAUGAAGUGUUUGGCUGUAGGACUUCAAGCAUCAUCCAAUCACUGGAACAUGCUAAUUAGUGGCCAUCAGACCAGAUUAACGAUGUUGUGUGGAGGCAUAUAGCCAAUUGAGUUGAAUAAAAUGUGGAUUUUAUGUAAAACACUCAAAAAAUGGGACAGAUUUCACAGUUUCAAUAUGGAUCAUAGAUGCAAAUCUACCCCAUUUUUGAGUGUUUUACAUAAAAUCCACAUUUAAUUUAAUUCAACAGGCAUAUCAAAACCGUUUUUACAAAAUACUCUUCAUGUGUGUCACUGUUAUUAAUUGUGUCGUUGCUAUUCCUUGUGUUUAGUCUGUAAGUGGGUAUUUAUUUAUUUUUUGAUGUGCAAAAAAUCAGAUAAGGAAUAAGGAUAAGGAUAAGGAAUUUUGGGGUCAUUGGUAAGACUUGCCCAACUCCAACCUGAGUAAUUUUUUUUCUGCAUAUAUACAGUAUAUUAUCAUUUAUUUGUGUAAUGCUGAAUCUCUUUUUUGUCUGCUCAUGUCAUCAGGUGUGUGAGGUUAUGAGCAGUCCAAUGGCUGGCUCUGCUGCCUCCAGUUCCAAAGACCGUCCUGUGUCCAGGACCAGUUUUAUUCCUGAGCUACAGAGCAUGAUGUGAGACACACACACACACACACACACACACACACACACACACACACACACACACACACACACACACACACACACACACACAAACAUAGACGCACAGGGUGACUCACCCCAGUACAACAUGGGGCUGGAACUGCCAAACAGACUGUUUGAAGCCAUUGAAACCUGUCAAACAAAUGAACAAUCAAACUGGGAAAUAUUUUGGUUAAUGAUUAUUUUGCAAAAGCUUAACUGCCAGGAUAGAAAACCUGAAAAACACGGUUGACUUGGAAAUGGAUUGAAUGGAUUGCAGCUGAUAAUGAUUUAUUGAAUGCAUUGUUGAGGCUGACUUUAAAAAAAUGAAUACUAAAUGAGUUUUCCAACGACUUAAUUACAAAAAAAAAAUAAUAGUAAAAAAAAACAAAAAAACACAUGGCAGGCAGUAGGACAAAAAAUGUAUAUAAAGUCUUCAAAUAAAACUAUUAUCCUUUUUUAUCCUUAACUGUACAGCAGCUUCCAUGCAGCUCAUCAUUUGCUAAAUGAGAUAGAUUUCAUCAUCAGUAGUUUUUAAGACAAUCCUUCAAUCAGUUACAAAGUUCUAAGGAAAACUAAGACUAAUAUGGAUUUGUUAUUUUUUCCAGUCAACAUUAAACACACUGAACACAGCUGUUUUUUCUUUUUGUUGCUGUGUUUUUCAUACAAAAAGAUGUAGACGCCAUUUUAAGCAUUCAUAUUUUUCUUUUUUAUGCAUAUCUGGCAUUUUCAUCAACAUCAUUAAGUCAUAUUUGCUGCCCUACCUUGUGGUAAAUAUUACUCUGAAAAUAACAUUUAGUCUAUCAAAAAUAUAAUUAACAAUUUCUGGAAGAAGACUUCCAGACUCUUCAAAAAGAAAAAGAACAUCAGAUAUAAAUAUUUGUAGUUCAUAAAAUGAGCAAAGGUAAGCUGAUCAUGUUUAUUAUUAAAUAGAAAAAAGCUUUAGGUAAUUUUUUUUUUUUCUGCCUUUGAUCAGAUCUUUCUGCAGGGCUGUUGAGAAGUUGCCUGGCCUGUCACUGGUAUGAUUGAUAGAGUGUGUGUGUGUGUGUGUGUGUGUGUGUGUGUGUGUGUGUGUGUGUGUGUGUGUGUGUGUGUGUGUGUGUGUGUGUGUGUGUGUGUGUGUGUUUUGGGGGUACUCACCUUUUGUUGUGUGUGUGUGAGCUGCAGAGAUGCUGUAGGUGGUCAGAGAGGCUAAAACCCAAAUAAACCCCAAAACCGAAAACCAAGGCUCAGACUGAAGCCAACCUGCCCACAAUCCCCAAAAACCAAAGCUGAACUCACCUGUGUGAUUGACGGUUUCAAGCAGCCAAUCAGAAUUCAUAAUGGGGGACGGGGUUGUCUGAAAAAGGAUCAGAUGUAAAGACACAGGUAAUGAGGAGAAAUGAGAGAAGGAACAUGUGUCAGGAUGUGGGUUAGUCUGCCAUCGUGGAAGUGGCUUCUCUGGAUGCAAAUUGAGGUUUGACCAAACUGUGGUCAAAGUGUGUAUUAGUCUGUAGCCUGUGGACCUCAAUGUGUGUGUGUUUAUGUGUGAGGUGGACUUGUAUGUAGGUGGUGAGUUUGUGUCCAUGUGAAGAGCAGGAGAGUUGUUUCUUGUGUGUUUUAUAUUCUGAGCUAUGUUUCUGCAACAUUACCUGUUACCAAUGAUACAAAGAUGGUGAUUUCUUCCACAGCCCUCGCAAGCCAAAAGAAUGAAGUUUCUUCCAAAUCAAAGAGAGGACUUUGAUUAUUCACACUGAAAGUAUUGAUCAACUUGUAAAGGUGUACUUAGACCCUUGCAGUCUAACUUGAUCCUUAUACCUUCAGAGUGAACUCUACAGUGCUCUGAGUAAUGUACCUUUUAUGUGUUUUGUGUGCGUCAGGUUUGCUCUGGGAGACGCUCGCAGGCCUCUGCAUGAGACAGCAGCUCUGGUGGAGGACAUAGUGCACACACAGCUUAUAACCAUGGUAACAAAACCAUUACACUCAUCACAGUCACAACAUGUGAGGUUGUGAUUUAAAUGCAGAUGAUGCUCAUCUGGCACAUUUCUUUAGUAAUAAAUUCCUGGUCUCAUUCUUGUGGAGAAGAGUAUAAGUGCUUUUUAUACAAUCAGAUCUUCCAUUAGGAACUUAAAUAGGAAUGAGUGUGCUGCUGCGGAACAGCAGAAGAAAGUAAAAGAACGCGACUCCAAUUUUGUCUUUAUUUACCUCCCUUUCAUCUUCCACUUGCAGAACUGGAUGUUUUAGCAGUGUAGUGAUAGACUAUUGUGAAUUUGGAAGAAAAUAAAUACAAAAUGAAAACAAACUUAAUUUAUUGCUGCACUAGUAUAUUUAAUUUCAUGACACAUCAGAAACCACAAAGGCAGAUAACUCUGCCCCUUGGGUGAGCAGGUCUCAUAAUGAGGUAACACUCACUAAUCUUCUAUAACAACCAGUUCACUUUACAUUAUCUUUCCUAUCACAGCGCCACUUGCCUGUAAAAAUCAAUAACUUCACUAUUAAUAUUGAUUUUAAAAAUUGUUUUGUUCAUUUGAAAAUGUUUAUAUUUCUUCCACUGAUGGUUUGUUUCACUUAGUUUGAGCUGCGUCAAUGGUAAUGACUAACUUUAUAGCCUCUUUAUAGAAGGGGUCAAACUUAUCACAGCUGUAUGAACAGUAAUUGUAAAAUGUUCCUUUUAAAUGAAUACAGAACAAAACACAGCAGUAUCUUAUAACAUGGUCGAUUAACUUCUGGGUCAUCUUUCAUUUUAAAUUUCUCUGAUUCAGCCCACUGUGCUUUGUGUCUUUAACCUCUCCUGCCUUUUCUUCACCAUUGUCAACAAACCAACAUCAUAAUACCCAGACUCAAUUCUGCACAUUGAUAUGAUUGGUCCACUGGAGUCUGAAAUUAGAGCUUCUUCCCCAGCAGUAGUCUGUUCUACAAAGCAACAGUGUGCUAUCAAGAAGUAACACACUGUUGCUAUGGAGUGUUGCUAAGAAGUGAACAAUGAGAAUUUGAGUAUUCUACAUUCUCAUGUAAUAAAUUUCUCUGUGCUAUUUCAACAAAAACUGUUCAUUUUCUAUCAGCUACAUCAGGCCUGUGAGGGUGCAGCUCUCCGGGGGUCGAGGGUCAUUUCAGCCGAGGACAUCCUGUUCCUGAUGAGGAAGGACAAGGUGAAGAAAGCACUGAUAAAAGCCUUCUGAAAAUGUGACAUUUUAGGACCCUUGUGUCUCUAAAAAUGAAGAUGUGAAUUUACAUACAAGUAACACUGUUUGUUGUUGUGUAAAUAGAACUAUAGGUACUGAUUCUCUUCAUCUGUCUUUUCUGUUCUUUCUUUCCUCCUUCCCUUUUCUGUCUUCAUGUUCUAUGACCAGAAAAAGGUGGCAAGGUUAUUAAAAUAUCUUCAGUUCAGGGAUUACAAAUCUAAAUUACUCAAAUGUGUGGAAGAUGAAGACCCUCAGCAGGACACUGGUACAUACACACCCACACACAAACACAUACUUAAGUUAUCAGAUUUUAUUGUUUUUGCCUCACAUGUGUGCAUACCUGCAGCCGCAGGUGGUGUUGCUAGUGGUAACCAGCGGAGGCAGCGAUUGGCUCAAGAUUUUCUUGUGUGGAUGGACCAGACUGGUGACCUCCUGUCAUUAGCUGAGCGACAGGAAAUAGACCCCGUCAAACAGGAACGGAUGGAGGUCAGUUGUCAUCAUGUCUGUGCUGGCCCAGCUCUAUAUAAACAACACAAAAGAGGCACUGAUUAGACAGACAUUAAAGUUCCCUUAAAACUGAUGGUGGUGAUAAUAACGAUGGUUUUAAGCUUGAACCUCUUCCCUUGCUUCUUUAGCGUCUGGAGCGCCAGACUCGAACGAUGGACCAGGCUCAGUACUAUGAGUUCUGUGAGAGUCGACAGCUCAGCUUUGGUAAGACUUUAAUCUGAGGGUAGUAAAAAUUGAUAAAACCCCAGAGCAACAAAGACCGUGUUAAUUUCUUGUUUUCUUAUGUCCACCUCAACGAUUUUUCUGCUUGUGUGAACAUUUUCAGCUAAAAAGGCGUCAAAGUUUCGGGACUGGUUGGACUGCAGCACUUUAGAGCUAAAACCAAACAGCAUUGCUAUGGAGAUCCUGUCAUAUCUGGCCUAUGAAACAGUUGCACAGGUAACAUCUAAUCAUGAUUUCUCAUUUUUUGUGUGUCUGAUUAAAAAUGUUCCCAUGUUAAUUAUAAUAAUAAUAAUAAUAACUUUAUUUGUAUAGCACUUUUUAAAAACAGAGGUUUACAAAGUGAAUGACAAUAGUAGUAAAGCACAACAACGUCAGCACAAGUUCAUAAAGUUCAGUUAAAACAAAGCCUCAGAAAUGAAGGCCAUUUUCAUAAGUCAUAAGUAACCUAGACAAUACAAGAACCAUGCAACAUAAAAUGAGACCAUGUGGACUAAAAUAAAAACAUAAAAUCGGUAGGAAAAAGAAAAUGCAAUAAAAAAUGGUGUUGAAAGCAGAAAACAGGAUAGCAAAUAUAGAAAUACAAAUAUGGCUAAUAUGAAAUCUCUCUUUUUCUGUCUUUCAGAUUGUUGAUCUGUCUCUGUUGGUGAAGCAGGAAAUGACAGCAAAGACAAAUCCCAUCAGUCAUGUGAUCUCUGCUAGCUACAUCCACUACAACACUCACACUGAGGUACACACACACGUACACACACACAUUUGCCAGUGUCAUUUUCUUAGAAUACAUAUUGACAUAUGUUUGGUACCAGAGAUGUGUUUCAGAUAGCCUAACUGCACCUGUUGUCUAUGUUUCUCUCCACUAGGUGAAGAAAGAUCCGGACUCACCUGAGGCCACUCCCCCUUCUACACCAGGCUCCUCCCACUCAUCUAAACCCCUCCUGCAGGGUAAUGGCAGUCUAGAUAGCAGGGCCAGACAGAGGAAACGCAAAAAGGUGAGUUUGAACGUUUUUAAUUUCUUUUCCCUUUUAUACCAGAGUUCAUUAUCAAAGUGACUCAUAAAAGGAGUCAUACGGGUCAUUUCAAGGACAGUACCAGACUUUGAGAUCGCAGAAGUUCUCCUCAGGGAGCUAAAUGGCUCUUGUGGUCCAGUGUUGUGUCCGUUACAACUAUGGCCUAUUUUCAGCGUCUUCAGCUUUUGCUUGACUUGUUUGGGGUGGUAUCGAAUACGAUCAGUGGGGUUUGUUUUUGUGGUUUGGAAAUGCACAGUGAAAGCAGUUCAUUAAAAUCUAGCAAUUAGAAACAUUCAGCACUGCAAGCCCUGCCCGGACUGGUACUGGACCUUUAAAAAGUACUUCCCUCAGAGCAAGAACUUUACAAGGGUUAGAUCAAUAACCUCAGAAACUGACUUCAUACCCUGAUCCCCGUUACUGAAACACAUAGAAGUUAAAAGGUCUCUAGUUCUCACGGAAAGCUCCUGCUGUUGAAGCAAAACCUACAGGGAGUCCCAGCACCAUCCCAUAAUACUGAUAUGUUUUUAAUCCUGUAAAGUGUACAGACAUCUUUAAGAUCAUGUCUUCAACCUGUCCAAGGCCUUUAUGAAACAGUCGCUGUAUUGAUUGUUUGAAUUUUCAGAUUUCAUUAUUUAGUCCAAAAUUUUCCAGGAUAAGAAAAACCUUUUCCAUAAUUUCCAAGAGUCCAAAGUGACUCCUAAAACUGAAAAACUAAGUAAAGAAAAGCAGCAGAACUCACACUGAAUAAGCUGCAUCCUGCAAAUGUUUGAUCAUCUGAUCCACUUUUCUGUCUUAAAAUAUUAACGGUUCUCAGGUUUUAUUACACAUUUGACAUUACAACAAAAAUACUUGAAAUCAGAUUUUUUCAAUUUUUUCUUUUUUAUUCAACUCCAACCAUAAAAAAUAUACUUGAACCUUGUUGCUUAUAAAUCAAGUGUAAAUGAGCAGUUUGUAUGUAGUAAAUGAUAAAUUGAUCAUGUGGUCAAUAUUUAAUCCCCAAUUUUCUGUCUUUUUAUUGCUAUCUCUUACAAAUGUACCAUGUGUUAAACAUUUAACAUGAGUUUGUUUUUUCUGUGUCAUAUUAAUAUUUUUAACAUAAUAAUAUAUUAAUAUUGGUGUUCUUGUUUCAGAGCUGUCCAGCUACAGUGGAGCCUCCUAGUGGAGCCAUCCAACCCUGUCACAUCAGAGAGGCUAUUAGAAGAUACAACUACAGGCACACGGUACGCACACGCACACACACACUCAGGAAAAAUGACAGUCAUGAAAAUGCGUCAUUCAGAAAUCGUUAGAUGUAUUUUUACUUUACUCAACUUAGAUCAUGUACAAAGAUGAUCUGUAAGAAGCUGAACAAAAGCUUUACUGGCUUCAAAGAGACUGUGAAGUUUUACCAGGAAACUGUUCAAUUUCCCUUUGAGCCAAAAUUGAUGGAAAAAACUAAUCCGUCAUCUGAAAAUUCUGGUUUUGUUUACUUGAUUUCACAGAAGAGUUACUUUAUCUCUCCAACAUGAAUGGACUUAUUUAAAGACAAAUGUUAAAACUAUUACCUUGGAGAGGGCAAGGAAGUUGGCUCGUUUAAAAAAGCUUGAACAUAAAAUAGGAAAGAGAGUCAUAAUCAAAAUUUUCAAGCUGUCUAAAGCUUUGUUUUUGAUACUGUGUCUUGAGGAAGAUUGUUGUUAAGUACAGCUAAAGGUCUGGCUGCUUCAGUGGCGUUUUGGGGGAAGUAGCAUACACAACUGUGUUGACAAAUUCCCAGUUUCAUGUUGAGAUUAAAUGUUUCCUCUGGGAGAAAGUCAGCCUUUAACAAAUCAAAUUCUUCUUUUCUCUUAGAGUGCAUACUGGAAAAAUGGAAUGACUUUCCUCACCUGCUGAAGAUGACAUCUAUCCUCUCAAGAACCUUCCCUGCUUAUAGUUUUUUUUUGGUCCUUUUUUGUAAUAAAGACUUUCUCAAGUUUUUUUGUCAAAAUUAAAUUCAUACCUUAUUGAAAAAUGA